UUUCUCCACAGCCCAGAGCCACUGGAGGGCCCAAGAGGAGCGGCUGCACCAUGAAGUGUCCUCCCUUACCUGUUUGUUGGGAGACCACAGGCAGAUGACCGACAGUUUGAUUGAGACAGUCAAAACCGAGCAGAAGAAAGCAGCCAAUCAGUUUGCAGAGCGGUCAGUAAAUUGAUAAUUGUUAAGAUUUCUACUCAAGAGCUUGAUGAUUAAUUGAUUUAUUGAAUUACGAAAACAUUUAUGAUUUCUGGGGACCGGAAUCGAAACCCCCAGAUUUAAGUUGAUAAUGAUUCCUUGUUGACCAUUUCUUCUUUAUUUCAUGAAGCACGGAAAAGCCUGGCAAACAAGAUGAGGUAAAAUAUGGUUGCUGAUGCUGCUGAAGGUAUGGGCUACAAUCAGAGCAGGCCCCGGCUGCAGCGCACCAUGAAGCUCCACUCCGACCUGCACCAGGCCUUAGAGGGCCUCCAGCUGCAGACAACAGCAUCACCCUCCCCAUUAUUAGACCCCAUGAGCUCCUACCAGGUCUCCGUCCAGCAGCUUCAGGAGGAGCUUCAGAGAGAGAAGAACCUAGUAUCGAGGCUGGUGGAGCGUCUGGAGAGGGCCGAGCAGAAGUCAGAGGAGCUGAGGCAGCAGCAGGAGCAAGACGCCAAGGAAAGCUGGAACACUGUCCACCAAGAGAUGGAGACCAACCAGGAGAUGGGCGGCAUGGUGGAGCGGAUGAGGGGGAAGGUGCAGGAGUUUAGCACCAUACUGCGACGCAAGAUAAGCUGGGGUGGAUGGGCUGGGAUGAAGGAUGAGGAGGAAGAAGAAGAGGAGAGGAAGCCUGCAAACGCCCUUAACUCAGAGUGCGUAAACCAGUGUCAGGCAAUACACCCAGAUCCACAUGUGCUAAAACAGGCCCAAAGGAACCCAGAACUAGAACCAGAGAAGGGAGCCCAGGACCAGCACUCCUGCUUAGAGACGUCGCUGUGGAGGUGGCAGAAGACGCUGGGGGGACAGAGGGACAUUGUGAAGAGGCUGAAGGCCGACAUGAAGAGGGAGACAGAGAGCAUGCAGGUGAUGGCCGCCGGCCUCUUGAACAACAGACAGCACAGCCUGGACACAUGCCAAGUUCAAGCCCUUGAAGAGCACCUGGAGAUCUGGAGGCGGAGGCAGAGAGAGAUGAAAAUGCAGCUAUCUGAGAUGCAGGCCCAGUUUGACGUGGAGCGGAACCGCUCUGCCGGGUUUCUGAAAGAGAAUGACAAGCUGAGUAGACUGCUUUGCACGGUGGAGUCCUCGGUGGCUGACCUGCAGCCCCUGCUCACCUACCACCAGGUCCUAGUAGAGGACGCCAUGAAGGACAACUCUAUCCAACAUGGCCGCCACAGGAGCAAGAUGUAAAAAAUAACUCUCAAAGACUGAUGAAUAAAAGUUGACAAUAUAA